AUGGCCUCUAGUCGGCCUUCGACGCAACCCAAGGGCAGGCCCGCGUCGCUGUUCGGGUCGCUCCGUUCGCUUCGCUCCCUGGACCAUUACGAGGAACCCCUAUCAGCAACGAGCAUUACACCUUCAAUACAUUGGACACCACUCGGAGAGAAUGCAAUACCACCGUCCCGAGAAGUGCUCCACCAUGGAGAGGUUCAAACGAGCAGCUCAAUGUUUCGAAAGAAGAGGGAAUAUCUCGUGCUUACUGAGACUCACAUCGUACGAGUGAAAAGCCAGCAAAAGGCCGCAGAUACGUUUCCUUCAAUUUCACCGUCCAAUGGCAAAGGCCUAUACGCUAGACAUCGCUCAACCAACUCAGGUGGGUCAUUGCAUGACCUGCAAUCCUUCACUUCGGAAGCAUCGGGCGACAAAGACUACGGCAUAUCUCUCCGUCAAGUGGUUGCCGUGUACAACCCGGGCGACGGAAAGCCGUACUUCGCGAUUGAAGUGGCAUGUCUGGACGAAGAGGUGAACCAGGCUUCUAUCAUGACGUUACAAUUUGACGACCCGAAUGACCGUGAUGCGUGGUUCUAUGCCAUUAAAAGCGCCGCCACCCAGGUCUCCAUCGCGGAUGAUCAGCCCAUCAGUCCGUACAACCUCAACCUCGCAGCCAGGACUGUGGAGGCAGAGAAUGAUUAUGACCCGUCUCACUUUCUCGUGUAUAAAGUCGUCGUCCGCCCCGCCGGCAAAUCAUCCACCCGAUCUUCCGCCGACGACCUGUCCAAGAUUGUCUCGACCGUGUGUUUUCUCGUCAUUGGUGUGCAUAAGAUCCACCUGAUACCCCUGUUUAAAUCGCCGAACCGAUCGUCCAGUCCAGCGCUUCACCAACCGUCGAACCAGGGCUCCUUCGGCAUCCUGUCCAUGUCGGCCGUCUCCCUUCUUGAGGCCGAGGAUCCGUUCGAACUCUCCUUCAGGCAGCCUCUGAAGGCCAAUAAAGUCAUCCACCUCGCCUCCCUCGCGGCCCCUGAUAUCGUGGACCGGUUGCUCCAUGUUGAGCGGUGCUUGCGGCCGGGAUGGGUCGAAAAGCCGUAUGCUCUCGAGCUGCCUCCGUCAAUGAACGAGAAGCUGGUCACCCUCGAGGACCUACAACUAUCCACGGCGGAAACCUUCGAAAGGACCUUGAUAGCAUAUUGUGUGGCCUACGGCACUGACCCGGCGCAUAUCCGAUAUCAAGUGUCCGAGCGAUAUGACAAUACGCAAUGCUUCGAGCUCCUUCCACCCGUGGGAGCCCCGAAAGUUGCCUAUCAUGAGUUAGAGCUUCUGGCCGUCAUGCGCGCGUUACGGUACAACAUAGCCUUUAACAGCAUAUCCUUUGCCAAGGUGUCCCUUGAUCCGCUCCGACGCAUAUAUGAUCCAUAUGGUACGGAUUAUAUGUGCAUACCCCGAAACGCCCUUGCCGCCUAUCCAUCGCUGCAGGAGGAUUUCCAGGCCUCUUCACUGUUAGUCUCCGAGACACGGCUGUUGGCGAUGGCCAACACGAAGUUACGAGGCCUCGAUUUCGACUCUUGCAUCAAGCAAGUGCCGCGUGAACCGGGCGAUGAUGACCAGCAGCCCAACGACGGCUGCGCGCUGGUGGAGGCGCUCAUCCCGCUGUGCAAGACCCAGCUGACCAAUGUGGAUUGGAUUGGAUUCAACAACAUCCAGCUGGGCGAGCUCGAUAUCGAGUAUAUCGUGGACGCGGCCGCCGACCGAGCGUGUCAUUUCCGUGCGCUGGAACUGAGCAACUGCGGCCUGAACGACCGAUCUUUGUCGCUAGUCCUGGACGCUCUGCGCGCACAGGAGAAUACGCUAGAGUCGAUUGACUUCUCCCGCAGCGCGGGACGGCUGAGCCCCGCGAUCUUUGAGGGCCAGAUCGGCGUGUUUGGAUACCUGAGGAGCCUGAACUUAUCGUACCUGUCGACAACGGGUGGCAAUGAGGCACUGAUACCCGCGGAAAUUCUUAUGAAGUGGAACCUUCAGAAACUUGCUCUCAGCGGAUCCCCGAUCAGCGGCGCGAUGCUUGAUGCCAUUGCUGUCUAUCUCGAAAGUCCCAAGUCUUCCUGUUUGCAAGAGCUACGGCUCGAUCACACUGCCAUGACUGGGGGCGAAAUGGCUAAAAUCCUCCUUGCGAUGACCAAGGAAGAAGGGUCGGAGCGUGAAUUACACCUUGACUUGAGCGAGAACCGACCGGAAAAGGACCACCGUCUAUUAUCUUGGGCCAUAUCGAACGGACAUGCACCGUCGAAUCUUACCAUAAAAUACCUGGAAUAUGAGAACGAAAGCCUCUUCCGCGAAUUGAUCCUUGCGUUAGGGAAGAACCGAACGAUCCGAUCCUUGGAUAUCUCAAAGGCAAAGCUGCCUCAUGACGCCUCGGACGAGACCUGCAAUGCCCUGGAGGCUUUGUUUAAAUACAACACGUCCCUUGUCAGCCUCGACAUCUCGGGAGAAGAUUCGAAACUGGAGACAUCGAAACUCGGAGUCGGCCUAAACCAAGCUCUCCACGGCCUGAAGGAGAACAAGGCCCUCCGAUCGCUGUCCAUCCAAUACCAAAUGCUCGGCUUGCCCGGGGCCAGUACGCUCGCCGACGUCCUCAAAAUCAACGACACCCUCCAAUACCUUUUUUGCGAACACAACGCCAUUCCCCUCUCCGGCUUCACCGACCUCAUCAACACCCUCUACCGCAAUACCUCCAUCCUCUACCUCCCCGAGAUGCAAGAAGGCCGCGAUGACGCCCUCCGCCAGACCGAAUCCCAAGUCAAAGCCAUCCAAGACGACGCCGUCGCCCACACCCCGGGCAAGUCCUCCGUGCGCACCAAGCUCGCCCGCACCGCCCGCCCCUCCCACCGCCGCCAGUCCUCUAGCAUCAGCUUCUCCGACCAGGACAUCCAAGCGGCCCUCCGCCUCGUUGAGGAAAGCUGGGACCGCCAGGUCUAUCGACUUCGUUUAUAUAUGUAUCGGAACAACUGCAUCGCGCAGGGCAUCCCCGCGGAGAUGGAGAUCCUCGAGGAGGAAUACGAAAGACCCGACGACGCGAUGUCGAGUACGGGGAGGAUCUUGGAGCAGGUGAAGAGCGAGACUACGCCGCGCGUGGAGAAGGAGCUGGAGCUGGGUAAGGGGGAGCAAUCGCGGGACACGAAUGGGGAGGAGAUGUCGCUGACAGAUGAGAUCGAGCUUAUGCUGGGAUGGGCGAAGAAGGGAGAGAAGGCGUGA